AUGGCGGACGUUGACAGAGCUACAUUGGAUCCGCCUCCGCCAUAUUCGGAGGCAGUAGCUACUACGCCAAAGACACAAGGCGGCGCAUUGCCGAGUGUAUCGCAAUCUCAAGCAGCUGCUCCCACGCCUAACAAAAAGUCAUUAUGGAAGAGACCGGUAAUGAUACCUAUAGUACUACUGGGGGUUGGGGUAAUCGUUGGAGUCAUCGUCGGGACAGUAGUUGGCGCCAAACGUGUCAAUGCGAGUAACGCAUCAAGUUCUCGAUUGCAAUCGGGUGUAACGUCUUCGUAUCCUUAUUACUAUUAUCCUAGUACUACAACGACAUACAUAUCGAGCUCGACUUAUUAUUACGACUACCCUACCGAAUCACCAAACCCAGAACCGCGACCAAUGUUAAAUAACCAAAGCAUCAUUCCUCGAACGUUUGGCGGAGCCUCUGAGUCGCCAUUCGGUCUGACCGCCUGGGACCUGAAGGAAGACGGAACAUUAUGGAUUGAAGAAAGCAGACAAGGCGAAUGGAUCAAAGUGCUCGACCAGAAGUUCCUGCUCGCCCCGAUAGCUGUCAAGACCGGCGACGGCACCCAGAUGGCGGUUUCAGUCGACGCAAUUACUGGCCAAAUAGUGGUUGCGUACUUUAGGGAUGUGUCUCGAGGUAACGGUGGGAUUGAUAUCUUCGCUAUUGACUCGAUGGGCGAAAUGUGGACUGUCUCGCAAGACAACGGCUUCUGGAGUGAGUUCGAAUACUUGGGCUCCGAGUUCACUGGCGAAGUGUCUGCGACGUCAUGGGAUGAAAAAAGGAUCGAUGUCUUUGCCAGACGCAACACCUGGAUUUAUCAUCUGUGGUGGACAAAUGAGGGAGGCUGGUCGAACUUGUGGGAAGAGCUAGGAGAAGCGUAUGUCAUCGAAGAUACCGAUUUCUCGCCGCCGCGGGCAGUAUCGUGGCGUUCUCCCGAGGGCGACGGAAUAAUCGACGUUGUGGUCAACUCUGGUUCGACUUACCACAAGAUGUUCAGCAAUGGUGCAUGGGGCAAUGACUGGGACAUCGUACCGGCAAGCCAUGAGGGAGGGGUACUUCCACAUACAAUCAGCGUUGUUUCUGGGGAUGGUGUGGAUGAACGACCAUUCGCACACAUGAUGGCUCGAGGAGACGACAACUGUAUCCAUUACAUCUCUCAUAACGGCACCGAAUGGGAUUCCUGGGUCCCUCUUUGGUGUGGUGAGAACGGUGUGGAUCGCGAGAUUAUAAGCCAUAUGGCGACAAGUAUCAUCAGGGGCGAAGAUGGUGUUGUCGAUUGUAUAGUACGUGACUACAGUGGAGACUUGAUGCGCUAUCAGGUGAAAGGGCAUCUAGAUCCAGAAGGCUUGCCGCCGUUUAAUGACGACUGGGAGAUAUUAGGGGCGGGUGGGUGA